GGUUCAAGCUUUGCAGUCAACUGUGAGUCCCGAGAGCCAGUCCUAAGCUAACACACUAACUCUGCAGCCUUCCUCACGACCCCAAGCCACCGAAGGCGGCGACACCUGAUCCAGCACACAAACGGGUCCCUUCUGUCCCCGGAUACAAUUUCGCGGCGGAGACGCACUCAAACUCACGCGCAGCAGCCAAGAGCGGAGGUCCAGACUUUUCCCCGGACUCCCUCCCGGCCAGCCGUGGCGCACUAAGCCCUGCAGGCUGUGUUCACGCCGCCAGUCCUCUCCCUGCGCUCCACUGGAAGCCCGAGCCUGCUCCCAGCCCCGCCCUCCCCGGCGGGUGAGCAGACAAGCCUCUCGGACUGGUUGCUUGCAGUGUUUGAAUGUUGAGAAGCUAUGAAGUCUUACACUCCGUAUUUCAUGCUCCUGUGGAGUGCUGUUGGGAUAGCGAAGGCCGCCAAAAUCAUCAUCGUGCCGCCAAUUAUGUUCGAAAGCCAUAUGUACAUUUUCAAGACACUAGCCUCUGCCUUGCACGAGAGUGGGCACCACACAGUGUUCCUCCUCUCUGAAGGUAGAGACAUCACGCCAUCUAAUCAUUACAGCCUCCAGCGCUACCCAGGGAUCUUUAACAGUACCACCUCGGAUGCUUUCCUGCAGUCCAAAAUGCGGAAUAUUUUCUCUGGGAGAUUGACAGCAAUCGAACUGUUUGACAUACUGGAUCACUAUACCAAGAACUGUGAUAUGAUGGUUGGCAACCGUGCCCUGAUUCAGGGUCUAAAAAAGGAAAAGUUUGACCUGCUGCUGGUGGACCCUAAUGACAUGUGUGGAUUUGUGAUAGCUCAUCUUUUAGGGGUUAAAUAUGCUGUAUUUUCAACUGGCCUUUGGUAUCCUGCCGAAGUGGGCGCUCCUGCCCCAUUAGCUUACGUCCCGGAGUUUAACUCACUCCUCACAGACCACAUGAACCUGCUGCAAAGGAUGAAAAACACCGGCGUUUACCUCAUUUCCAGAUUAGGGGUCAGCUUUCUGGUUCUUCCCAAAUAUGAGAGGAUAAUGCAGAAGUACAACCUGCUGCCGGAGAAGUCCAUGUAUGACUUGGUCCAUGGGUCCAGCCUGUGGAUGCUGUGUACAGAUGUAGCACUGGAGUUUCCGAGACCCACUCUGCCUAAUGUUGUUUAUGUAGGAGGGAUCCUCACCAAACCAGCCAGCCCACUACCAGAAGAUCUCCAAAGGUGGGUCAAUGGUGCUAAUCAACAUGGCUUUGUCCUGGUAUCUUUCGGAGCUGGUGUCAAGUAUCUGUCAGAAGACAUUGCUAACAAACUGGCAGGAGCUCUGGGAAGACUGCCCCAAAAAGUGAUUUGGAGGUUUUCUGGAACCAAACCAAAGAAUCUGGGAAACAACACCAAGCUCAUAGAAUGGUUACCACAAAAUGACCUGCUUGGGCAUUCAAAUAUUAAAGCCUUCCUGAGCCAUGGUGGUUUGAAUAGUAUUUUUGAAACUAUGUAUCAUGGUGUUCCUGUAGUGGGAAUCCCACUCUUUGGAGACCAUUAUGAUACUAUGACCCGGGUACAGGCAAAAGGUAUGGGGAUACUGCUAGAAUGGAAGACAGUUACUGAAGGAGAGCUGUAUGAAGCACUAGUGAAAGUUAUCAAUAAUCCCAGCUACCGUCAGAGGGCUCAGAAGCUUUCAGAAAUCCACAAGGAUCAACCUGGGCACCCUGUCAAUCGGACUGUCUAUUGGAUCGAUUACAUUCUGCGUCACAAUGGAGCCCAUCACCUACGUGCCGCUGUCCAUCAAAUCUCUUUCUGUCAGUAUUUUUUACUGGAUGUUGCCUUUGUGCUUUUGCUUGGUGCUGCCUUGUUUUACUUCCUCUUGUCCUGGGUCACAAAAUUUAUCUACAGUAAAAUCAAAAGUUUGUGGUCUAGAAAUAAGCAUAGCACAGUUAAUGGACAUUACCAUAAUGGAAUCCCCAAUGGCAAGUAUAAAAGAAAUGGCCACAUUAAACAUGAAAAGAAGGUGAAAUGAGCCAACAGCCCACCUGAUAGUAACAAAUCUGUUCAGUCAUUGAAUUUUUAUUGCUAUAAUUUAGUCUAACAACUACUAAAAGGAAAACAUCAGUAAACAAUUCUAACACUCCCUUAUCUGAUCUUACUAAUGAAAUUCUGUGGAAUUAAGAUGGCUGUAAAAAGCACAGACCUAAAAUGCAAAAAUGUAUUUUAUGCGAAUACUGAUGCAGAGAGUUUUGGCACUGAACCUUUUAGAAGCCUUAAUUAUUGAAAUCAAUUAAGUGACCGUGUCAGACUUUAGUUUUAAGUCUUGAUAUAUGUGUGUCCCAGAUAAGGAAUGGUUUCUUUUCUCUUAAAAAAGAUUUGUUUGUAUAUGUAUGUGUGUGUGUAUGUUUCCUAAUUAAGAUUAUUUCAGCCAGCUGCUUGUUACAUUUGUUGACGGUACAACACAUUCAAGAAUGAAAUAGAAAGAUGGUUAGGAUCCAGACGUUUCUCUUCUAGAAUUUCAUAUAUGGGGGCUCAGAACACUACCAUGAAAGAACACUUUUCCCUCAAAACUGAAUGCAGAGGAAGAAAAUGAAAAGAUAGAUGACACCGGUUUUUGUACUUUUAGGGUUUUUUUGUUUAUUCAUUUUAGGUUUUUUGUUUUGUUUUAGUUUUACUUUUCUUACAGACUGGAUACUUCUGGGGGAAAAAACAUACAAUUAAGUAAAUGUAUAAAUUGGUUGUCACGUUUUACUUCUAUUUCCUCCCUAUCAAUAAUUUGCCUCUGGGAGAAUUUUAUAGUUUUUUUCUAUUUCAUUUUAAUGAAUAACAGUAUGUUAAAUGUAUAAUUAAAACAAAGCAACAAAGCUCUGACUUUUGUUCAGGGUACUGAAGAUUACUGCUUCUAUGGCAUCUUUAAACAGGGUUGUUAUUUGAAUGUUUUGUAACUGUUUGAUGGCUUUUCUGUAAUGUAAUUUUUGAAUGUUCAGGUGUGGUAUUUCCAAAGUUUUAACUUUAACAAAACACCUCCUUCAUCCUAUUUUGUUGUCUGGGCCACACAGUCUGUUACAUAGGUGCCAACAUUUAAUUCUUUUCAUUGGAACAUUUGCUUUUCUCCAUAUUGGUACCUGCUUUGUCUGAGAGGUUUGAGAUCUGGUUACCAAGUCAAACUUUACAUGUUAUACAGAAGUGACAGAGAAAUUGUACUACUUGUUUGUGAAAAUGAGUUCCCACUCCCCUCCUCACUGCCUUCACCCUCACUUCAAUCCAUUGUGGCUGACAUGGGACAGGAAUAGUAUUCAUUUGAGGAUAGGGGUGCAAGUCACAGACAUCACAAAAUCAGGACCUCCCAACUGAACCGUUCACUUGCUGGCAACUACAAGUUUAUUCCCUGUCAUUCUGUUUACUUAGCAUUUGCACUACACAUGUUGAGUGUAUGCUUUAUUUAUUUGUAGUUUGACAUCUUAUGUCUGACAGCUGACAGUAGAAAAAUACAGCAUCUACCUAAUGACGUUCGCUAACAUGGGAAGAGUUGUGAAAAUUCUAGAAUGCUUAAAUCCUUAUCAUACACUAUGACAUACAACUUCAUCACACUCCCACCAGGAGCCACUCUCCUGUACUUAGAAAUAAUGUCACAAGUAGUUUUCUAGUGUACAAUGCAGGCAAAUAUAUUGCUGUCUGAAUACUUGAAGAAAUGGUAUUACACAUAUAAGCCUAUUAGUUAUACCUUUUCACAAUCUUAUAAUAUUGCCGUUAAAAGGGAAAAAAGACACAGGCAAUGAAUGGUGGGAUGGCAACAGGACUUAGAGUGUAUGAAUGAGUUGAUUUUGCUUUUUUGGAAUUGGAUAAAGGUGACAGUAGGCAUUCACUGGAUGAUUAAGCAUAAAUUAAUCUCCACUGUGAUAAAAACUUAAACAAUAAACAUUAUUUAAAAAUAGAGAAAUGUUGUUGGAAUAAAAUUUUUAUUCAGAUUUUAUUUCACAAUAUUAUGUAAAUCCAUUAUAAACAUGUUUCUGAGACAGGUCUCCCAACCUUUAUAUGUGUAUAUGAGUGUGAAAACAGUGUUACAUGUGAGAAUUUUUUUUAAUUAUUAUUAAACAGAGGUAUUUACCUUACAAGUACAUCAGCAUGGAUCUUAAAAUUGUCCCAUAAUUAAAAAUGUUAAGUGUAGGUAUUUACUGAUCAUUGUUGUUUUUUUUUGUUUUUUGUUUUUUUUAGUAAGCUUAUUGUUAGCCAGUUUUGGUAAAUAGAGUGAUUUUAAAUUUUCCACGCUUGGGCUAGAUUCUCUAAUAAAGUAAAGUUUUCAAGAAGGUAUUUAUUCAUUUAUUUUUUAAAAAGAACCUCUGCAAGUAUUUCUGUCGCUGGUCAUCAUAUCAAAUGCAAAUGAGAAUUAAGACAUCAAUCGUUUUUCCUCUAGAGCCAUAACUUUUAAUAUCCCUCCACAUAGACGUAGAGGCAGAAUUUGAAUGUCCGGGAUUGAAGGGGAGUGGUGUUUAGGUUAAAGUGGUGGUUUAUGAUUGAAGUUGGAGAAAGCUAGAGAUUCUCUCUUGAGGAUGUAGACACUUUGUAUUACAAUCUGGGGACAUUCUCAGACUCCCAAAUACAACAUUGAUACCUUCUGGCAAAGUCUCUGGUGGUGUUUAUCAACUUAGGUUUGGGAGUACUGUCCUUAAUGAAUCGCCUCUGAACCUUACCUAUCCAACAACUUAUUGACCACAUCUCCCGCUAGAUUGUGAUACACAACACCCCUCUCCAACUGCUGAAAUCCACCACACUAGAUCCACAGAGGACUCCAAUUCAGAAAAACCUAUUCAGGUGAUCUGCUAUCUGCCCCUGCCCUCCUUCCCUUCUAGGAACCAGUAGUGGUGAGGCACUGCUGAGACAAGACGUAGCAUCCUGUUUUUUUCCUACCCAUUUCCUGUUUCCACCAAAACUACAAGAAUAUUUAUGCUCAGAUGACCUGUCUCAGUGUCAUGCUCCCAGCUUUGCCUUGUAAUUAGGCAGAUUAGACAUUAUAAUUGGACACUGGGGGGCAUAAAACUUGUGAUGAAAUUAACACGAAAGAAGUUCAGUUUGUUGUUGUGAAACAUUUUGUGGACCAUUGUUAUUUAUAAAUGGUAAGAACCUUCUUUGAAAUACACAACUGUAGUGAAUUGAAGAGAGAAUAUUUAUUUAUAAGCAAGAACUCAGGAACUGCCAUGGAGGGGUGGGGAGUGGAAGUGACUUGACGUUCAGUGGAUGCCUGUCCCAUUGCAGACAGUAUGCUGGAUACCAGGGGAGUUUACAGAUGAUAAGGACAGUCUCUCCUUCAAGGAGCUUGUGAUCUAGUGGGAGACAUGGACACCGAAGUAACUAUAAUGUAAAGUGCUGGGGCCCAUGGCAGAUGUAUGUGCAGGGUACUGUGGGAACACUUGGGAGGCAAGAAUACAUGUCAAAGAAGCCUCUCUGUGUGCACCAGAGGAUCCACACUCACUACUGGCUUGUCUUGUAACACAAUGUCCAUGCUGUUAAUUGCUUCCUCAGGAACAUCCUCAUGAAUUUAUUUUUUGAAUCAGGUAUUGAAUUCAAGCUCUGAUUGUCUGAGGGUCAUGACUUUGAAGGCUUACCCCAACAUUUACUAAUCUUUAACUUUUGAAUUUCUUAUUUGUAUGAUGAUGGUCACCUCAUGGGCUUUUCUUGAAUACAUAUACACACACCACACACACACACACACAGACACACACACACACGCACAUACACUGUGCUGGCCAUUAUACUGAAUGUUUAAUACACUGUGUGUGCGCGUGCAUGUGUUUAAAGCAUUUAGCAUAAUGGCCUGCACAGGAUGAGCCCUCAAAUCUGUGGUAUUAGUCAUGGAUAUACUGAAUAGACUAACUUCUUUCACAUCAUCGUGCUUUCAGUUUUUGAAAGUUGUUUAGGAAAAUGUGUUUUAUUCAUUUCAUUCAUUUAUUCAACUAUUUAUUAAGGCUUCUAUUCACCUG